UCUGAACCUGCUCAGAUCGGAUCCGCUUCGGAUCAUUUCACUCCAGUCCAGAGGAAUCGGACUCGAGACCCUGAACACUGACACGCGUGAGGAGUUAUACUGCAAACCCCCUCUGAUCUGAUCUUUUGAGGAUACGCUGGAUUUUAACGUGAAUGCAGAUAUGUUUUUAAUGAAGGCGGUGUUUGUGGUUGUUAUUUUUUGAAAUAUUGCUCCUGAAACCUGUAAGAGCACGCGCGUCUAAAGAUCUUGAGAAAAACAUCGAUUCAUUUACAACGAUGCUCGUGGAUUUUUAUGUCACGCAUAUUUUAGGAUAUAUAAAUCCAGGCAUGACUGCGAAGUUAUCGGUAAGAGAGCCGUUAAUAAUAAAGGUGAAUGUUUAAUACAAAUCAAUACAGCAAUACAAAUCAGUUAAUGCAUAGUCUUCCAUUUUAAAAUGAUUCCCGUAAAUACUUACACAGUCUAAUACAUUAAUCAGUUUUUGAAUGCGUUUUUACAUUGCGUUUUUCUAGGAUUUAUUACUAUGUUAGAUCUGUGUUAACCCUAAGACUGUUCCUCUGUGAGAAUCAUGAUGGCAAAACAUUGUCCUAAUGAUGACCUAAGUAAGAUCUCUGAUGAUGAACUGGUCAGAUGGAGUAAAGAAGACUUGAUCAAGAGACUGAGAAGGGCUGACAGUGAGAAAAUGAAAGUAAUGCUGGAACAUGGGAACAAGAUGAAGGACAUCAACCGCAGGCUUCAGGUGCACCUCCAUGAGAUCCGUAAUCUAAAGGAGAUCAACCAAAAACUGCAGGAUGAUAACCAGGAUCUCAGGGAGCUCUGCUGCUUUCUCGAUGAUGAUCGGCAGAAAGGUAAGAAGCUAUCUCGGGAAUGGCAGAGGUUUGGGAGGCAUACGGCCAGCUCCGUGAUGAAGGAGGUGAGCACCUAUCAGCAGAAACUCAAGGAGGUGGAAGGCAACCAGGAAAACAUUCUUCGGGAGAAUGCAGAACUAAAGGAGAUCAUUCUCAUGUUGGAUGAAGACAGGACUGGAGCAGGAUCUAGGAGCUCUAUAGACAGCCAGUCUAGUCUGAGCAACCUGAAUGGAGGUUCGAGCAUUGUCAGAGAUGUUGGCGAUGGGAGCAGUACCUCCAGCGGUGGAAGUGCUGGCAGCCCAGACCAUCAUCAUAAUCACAUACACAAGACUGUAGAAACCAAAAUUGACACCAUAAGACGAUCAAUGGAUGAUCUCUCUGCUCCACACCAUCACAGGAGCAUCCCCAAUGGACUCAGUGAUGCAUCCUCAAACUACAUUCGCCAGCUGGAAACCAAGGUCCGGAUUCUAGAGGACAAUAACAACAAACUGCUGUCUCAACCCUGUAGCCGUUAUAGCUUAUCAAAGCUGUCCAUGAAGUGUAAUCUGGGAGACCUGCGAGCCCUGCGGAAGGGCAUGACCCUCUACCACUCCGAAUCACAGCUGUCUUCACUCCCCCAGAGACAGGAGGCCCUACUGAAUGGGACUGGAAGGCUACAGACCAGUGAGUCGUCUCCUUCCACCGGGUUUGUCUCAUCUGUACAGAAACCUGAAGCUGUGGUUCAUGCCAUGAAGGUUCUGGAGGUCCAUGAUAAUCUGGCCAAGCAGCUUCCAGAAGAAAGUGAAAAGGACCUGAAUGAAAAAGAGAAAGCCAUAGUGCGAGAGAUGUGCAAUGUGGUAUGGCGAAAGCUCGGGGACGUGGCAGGAUCAAAGCCGUCCAUCCGACAGCAGCUCUCUGGGAAUCCGUUCAAAGGCCCUCUAUAGCAGCUCUAACACACGAGGAACAUCUCUCCUUCUGUUCAACCACAAUAAAGCUCCAGCAGGGCCAAACUGAGAAACUGCUCACAGCAACACAAAUGCUUCUGUCCACUACCAUCAUCCAUGUCAAAUACUUCGGUACCCAACUAUUUCCAUUGAUAUUGGACCACUACACACCAGUUUACAGAUUUAGUGAAUCAGUGAACAUUUAAAGCAAUAAUCUGCAUUGAAAUAACAUUGUUUGACUAUUGAUUAUAUUUUUUUUCUUUAUUGCGGGAAUGGAUCUCUAAUUUAGGCACCUUUGAUGAGCCAUUUUACCAAUUCUGGACUACUACUCAGUUGACAAUUACUCGACGGUCAAUGUAGAUUCAGAGAAGAAACACUAAAAGGAAGGUGUCGUUUGGG